AUGGCUCUCCAACUCUAUCCCGAUAUCAGUAAAUCCACUACCACAUCCGACGGCACAACAUACGCCUACAUUCGCAUCCCAGCCGCAACACCAGCAAAUCCCACCUUCUUACUUCUCCACGGCUUCCCAAGCUCAAGUUUCGAAUGGCGACAUAUGGUGCCUCGGUUGAGAGAAAAAGGGUAUGGCAUCGUUGCACCUGAUUUGUUGGGCUAUGGAGAUACGAAUAAGCCUGUGGAAGUAGAAGCGUAUUCACAUAAGCGGAUGUCGGAUCAGAUUAUUGAGAUUCUGGAGGUUGAAGGGUUGAAGAAGGUUAUUGGUGUUGGGCAUGAUUGGGGCUCUGCAUUUCUCUCUACAAUUGCUCUAGCUCAUCCUUCCUACUUCUCUGGCAUCGCCUUCUUAGCAGUCGGUUACGUUCCUCCCGCACCAUUUCAGAUCGACUUUAUCAAUUCCCUCUCCGAGCAAUAUUUCGGACACGAGUGCUACGGAUACAUGAAAUUCUUCAACGAGGAUGGCGCCGCUGCAAUCGUAGACGCCAAUGCGCCUUCCCUAACCUCGCUACUAUAUUCUACAACGCCUGAAGGUUGGAGAAUUCAUAUGGGCCCUGCAGGUGCUGCCAAAGAAUGGUUGAGCACCGGAAAAGUCGCGCCUCCACCCUCGUGGAUGACUCAGGAGGAGAACGAAACUCAUAUACGAAUUUUUAAGAAGGGAGGAUAUACUGGACCACUAAACUGGUACAAAUCAUACAUCCGCGGCAUCGAUGAACCAUUCUACUCAAAAUUCAGAACCGACGAGAGCAAAAACCUUGACAUCCCCGCUCUGUUAGUCACAGCCGAGUACGAUUAUGUAUGCCAUGCGGCUUUCCAGAAACCUGGGUUUGAGAAGCAUCUCAAAAAUGGUCGCGUUGAGCAAUUUGCUUGCAGUCACUGGAUUCCGAGCGAGAAACCGGAUGAGACUGUUGCGUUGUUGGAUGAGUGGAUUGGUAGUAUCGGUAUCACUGUUUGA